AUGCUACAACCACCGCCACAACUACAGCCAAGACCGGGUGAGACACAAACUAACCCUGGUCCAAGCACAGCACCAGCCAGUCAGGCAGCUGUAACCCAACAACUACCGGCUGAUGGAGUGAGGGAUGAUCAACAAACGACUCAGUCCGGCAGCAGACAGCCUUCCCAGCAGCAACCAAUGCCACAACCACCGCCACAACUACAGCCAAGACCGGGUGAGACACAAACUAACGCUGGUCCAAGCACAGCACCAGCCAGUCAGGCAGCUGCAACCCAACAACUACCGGCUGAUGGAGUGAGGGAUGAUCAACAAACGACUCAGUCCGGCAGCAGACAGCCUUCCCAGCAGGAACCAAUGCCACAACCACCGCCACAACUACAGCCAAGACCGGGUGAGACACAAACUAACCCUGGUCCAAGCACAGCACCAGCCAGUCAGGCAGCUGCAACCCAACAACUACCGGCUGAUGGAGUGAGGGAUGAUCAACAAACGACUCAGUCCGGCAGCAGACAGCCUUCCCAGCAGGAACCAAUGCCACAACCACCGCCACAACUACAGCCAAGACCGGGUGAGACACAAACUAACCCUGGUCCAAGCACAGCACCAGCCAGUCAGGCAGCUGUAACCCAACAACUACCGGCUGAUGGAGUGAGGGAUGAUCAACAAACGACUCAGUCCGGCAGCAGACAGCCUUCCCAGCAGCAACCAAUGCCACAACCACCGCCACAACUACAGCCAAGACCGGGUGAGACACAAACUAACGCUGGUCCAAGCACAGCACCAGCCAGUCAGGCAGCUGCAACCCAACAACUACCGGCUGAUGGAGUGAGGGAUGAUCAACAAACGACUCAGUCUGGCAGCAGACAGCCUUCCCAGCAGGAACCAACGUUACAACCACCGCCACAGCUACAGCCAAGACCGGGUGAGACACAAACUAACCCUGGUCCAAGCACAGCACCAGCCAGUCAGGCAGCUGCAACCCAACAACUACCGGCUGAUGGAGUGAGGGAUGAUCAACAAACGACUCAGUCCGGCAGCAGACAGCCUUCCCAGCAGGAACCAAUGCCACAACCACCGCCACAACUACAGUCAAGACCGGGUGAGACACAAACUAACCCUGGUCCAAGCACAGUACCAGCCAGUCAGGCAGCUGCAACCCAACAACUACCGGCUGAUGGAGUGAGGGAUGAUCAACAAACGACUCAGUCCGGCAGCAGACAGCCUUCCCAGCAGGAACCAAUGCUACAACCACCGCCACAACUACAGCCAAGACCGGGUGAGACACAAACUAACCCUGGUCCAAGCACAGCACCAGCCAGUCAGGCAGCUGUAACCCAACAACUACCGGCUGAUGGAGUGAGGGAUGAUCAACAAACGACUCAGUCCGGCAGCAGACAGCCUUCCCAGCAGCAACCAAUGCCACAACCACCGCCACAACUACAGCCAAGACCGGGUGAGACACAAACUAACGCUGGUCCAAGCACAGCACCAGCCAGUCAGGCAGCUGCAACCCAACAACUACCGGCUGAUGGAGUGAGGGAUGAUCAACAAACGACUCAGUCCGGCAGCAGACAGCCUUCCCAGCAGGAACCAAUGCCACAACCACCGCCACAACUACAGCCAAGACCGGGUGAGACACAAACUAACCCUGGUCCAAGCACAGCACCAGCCAGUCAGGCAGCUGCAACCCAACAACUACCGGCUGAUGGAGUGAGGGAUGAUCAACAAACGACUCAGUCCGGCAGCAGACAGCCUUCCCAGCAGGAACCAAUGCCACAACCACCGCCACAACUACAGCCAAGACCGGGUGAGACACAAACUAACCCUGGUCCAAGCACAGUACCAGCCAGUCAGGCAGCUGCAACCCAACAACUACCGGCUGAUGGAGUGAGGGAUGAUCAACAAACGACUCAGUCCGGCAGCAGACAGCCUUCCCAGCAGGAACCAAUGCCACAACCACCGCCACAACUACAGCCAAGACCGGGUGAGACACAAACUAACGCUGGUCCAAGCACAGUACCAGCCAGUCAGGCAGCUGCAACCCAACAACUACCGGCUGAUGGAGUGAGGGAUGAUCAACAAACGACUCAGUUCGGCAGCAGUCAGCCUUCCCAGCAGGAACCAAUGCCACAACCACCGCCACAACUACAGCCAAGACCGGGUGAGACACAAACUAACCCUGGUCCAAGCACAGCACCAGCCAGUCAGGCAGCUGCAACCCAACAACUACCGGCUGAUGGAGUGAGGGAUGAUCAACAAACGACUCAGUCCGGCAGCAGACAGCCUUCCCAGCAGGAACCAAUGCCACAACCACCGCCACAACUACAGCCAAGACCGGGUGAGACACAAACUAACCCUGGUCCAAGCACAGCACCAGCCAGUCAGGCAGCUGCAACCCAACAACUACCGGCUGAUGGAGUGAGGGAUGAUCAACAAACGACUCAGUCCGGCAGCAGACAGCCUUCCCAGCAGGAACCAAUGCCACAACCACCGCCACAACUACAGCCAAGACCGGGUGAGACACAAACUAACCCUGGUCCAAGCACAGCACCAGCCAGUCAGGCAGCUGCAACCCGACAACUACCGGCUGAUGGAGUGAGGGAUGAUCAACAAACGACUCAGUCUGGCAGCAGACAGCCUUCCCAGCAGGAACCAAUGCCACAACCACCGCCACAACUACAGCCAAGACCGGGUGAGACACAAACUAACCCUGGUCCAAGCACAGCACCAGCCAGUCAGGCAGCUGCAACCCAACAACUACCGGCUGAUGGAGUGAGGGAUGAUCAACAAACGACUCAGUCCGGCAGCAGACAGCCUUCCCAGCAGGAACCAAUGCCACAACCACCGCCACAACUACAGCCAAGACCGGGUGAGACACAAACUAACCCUGGUCCAAGCACAGCACCAGCCAGUCAGGCAGCUGCAACCCAACAACUACCGGCUGGUAACGAACAACCUUCCCAGCAGGAACCAAUGCCACAACCAUCGCUGCAACUACAGCCAAGACCGGGUGAGACACAAUCUUUUAAUUGUCUGUAUUAA